UCUUUGGUGACUCAAGCUCUUUUUGAGCUGAUGAACCUUGUUGCAACAAUGAGAACAUACCUGUCUCUGGCUGUGCUGCUAUGCACCCUGCUGCCGCUGUCAAAUGCAUUUUGCGAAUAUAAGAGGCUCGAAGACGGUGCAACAGACUGCCUUGAUGAGGUGGAUAAUAAAUGGCACCCUGUUGGAUCAUAUUGGAUAAACAGUGACUGCAUGAAUUGUACCUGCACCACAUGCUGCUCUGUGUUUAGUAUUCCCAAACGGUUUCCUGAUGAUUGCGUAUCUGUGUUUGACAAAGUGGCAUGUAAAUACAAAGUGCACAAGAUAGAUGACCCAUCUACUGAAUGUCCAAUUUUUGCUUCUGUAUUUUAAAGUGGUGGAGCAGUGACGUCCUUUGCUGACCUUUUGUUACCAAAAAAAAAAAAAAAAAAAAAUCAAAAUGAUUUACUGCAUACUAUAGUUGUACAUUUGCAAUGCAGUAGGCAAUUAACUGUAUAUAAACUUUGAAAGAGCAAAAUGUGAUGUAUUAUACAGGUUAAAGGUCGAAAGAGAAAAUGAAUAAAACAUGCAAAAUUUUUGUCACUUAGCA